GAUUGACUUGUUUUUCUCUUUGGUUUCUUUUUCAUUUCUCUACAUAUAGGGGAGAAGUUUUUGUUAUUUGUAGUCUAUGGGGGUGUUUUGUUUCUUUUGGUGUCUUUUGAGUGGUUUCCCAUUAUUGGGAUUAACUGAUUCAAUUGAUGAUUUUCAGGCUGCUGAAAGGAAGUAUGAUAUUCCAUCCCAGAAGACUGGAACUGGGCUUGUUCCAGGGUCUUCAAAACCCAUGCUCUUUAUGCCUGCUGAAGGUGUUCCUUUUGUUGUAACUCCUUUUCCAAACAGUCUUUUGGAUCCUCAAGCUCUGACUGGUCCCAGUGCCAAAUUGCCCCCAGCACUGAAGGCUUUGUUGAACCCUACAUCUCCAAGGCCUGUGGUGAAACUACCCAGUUAUCCUAAAUCUGAUGUGUCUUUGACUUGUAGCCUCUCUAACAUGGUAGUGAGAGUUAAAAAAUCAUUCUUUGGGUUUGGCUGCACUGAGGCAGACCUUGUUCUUGGUAGUAACUGCAAAAGCAAUGGUAAAGAUGAAGCCACUGGAGACCUGCUCUUUAAUUAUCCUCUGAAUGCUUGUGGUGGUAAAAGAUUAAUGCAUGAGGGGUGUCUGACAUAUGAGAAUGUCCUCCAUUCCAAACCAGAUAUGCCAGGAGUAAUCCAUAGAAAGCAGCCUGUCAAUAUUGCUCUGAAAUGUUGUUAUUUCAGGUACUACCAUGUAUACAAAGGUGCAGUGCACCCUACCUGGAGUGCCCCUUCUGGUGUGCAGUCCCUUCAUCAUCCUUCUGGCAUGGUUUUGAAGUUAAUGGAUGCUACCUUUUCCAAGCCAUCUGAAGCUAAAGAAUAUCAUUUGGGCCAAGAAAUCCACUUUCAGGCAGUUAGUUACCCCAACAGUACCAGACAAUGGCUCUUCCUUCACUCCUGCUAUGCAACUCCAAGUCCAAAUCCUAAUUCCCGUCCACAAUACACAGUAAUAGACAACUAUGGGUGUAUGGUGGAUAGCAAACAGGAAAGCUGCUCCUCCAGAUUUGAGAGGCCAAGGAUGUCUAAUGUCGUCUCCUUUGCAGUAUCUGCUUUCCAGUUUAAUGACCACAAGAAGGUUUACUUUCACUGCAAGAUGUUCACAAAGAAAAGCCAAGAUGUGACCAACACUGCCAAGUUCUGCACUUACAACAAAAAACUGGCAAGGUGGCAGGAGCUUGGUGGUCAUGACAGAGUAUGUGAAUGCUGUGACUCGGUCUGUGGCCCUUCAGAAUAUGAUGAAGUUACAGAAAGCCAUGGCCCAGUGGAGAUAAGCCAUGAUGCCAUAAAGCCAGGGGCCGGCGAAGGGCACCACGGCGGCCGGCACCCAGGGGCCGGCGAAGGGCACACGGCCCGGCACCCAGGGGCGGCGAAGGCACUGCACGGCGGCCGGCACCCAGGGGCGGCGAAGGGCACCCAGGGCGGGCGGCCGGCACCCAGGGGCGGCGAAGGGGCACCACGGCGGCGGCACCCAGGGGCGGCGGGCACCGGGCGGCGGCACCCAGGGGCGGCGGCGGGCACUGGGGCGCGGCACCCAGGGGCCGGCGAAGGGCCUGCGGCCCGGCACCCAGGGGCCGGCGAAGGAUCUAAAGGAUUUUGGCAGUUUUGA